GGCAGGGCGCGCAGUCCCAGCUCAGAGCUUCAAAACAGCCCGGCUGCUCCGCCUCGCGCCCCAGCCCGUCGCUCGGUCCCGCAGCCAGCGCCCGCACAUCUCUUGCUCUCUCGGCUUUCAACGAAACCCGUCCUUGCCCUGCGGCGCCCUGUGAAAAUGCUGGUGCUUCUGGCUUUCAUCAUCAUCUUCCACAUCACCUCCGCCGCCUUGCUCUUCAUCGCCACCAUCGACAAUGCCUGGUGGGUAGGAGAAGGAUUUUUUGCAGGUGUCUGGAAAAUCUGUGACACGAUCAACAGCACGAAUUGUACAGAAAUCGACGACAGAUUUAACUAUUACUCCACGAUGCAGGCAGUCCAGGCCACCAUGAUCCUGUCCACCAUCCUCUGCUGCAUCGCCUUCCUGAUCUUCCUGCUCCAGCUUUUCCGCCUCAAGCAGGGAGAGAGAUUUGUGUUAACCUCCAUCAUCCAGCUCAUGUCAUGCCUGUGUGUCAUGAUCGCAGCUUCCAUUUACACAGACCGGCUCCAGGACACUCACAGCCAGAACGAGGAGCACUUCAUCCAGACCAGGGACGGCACGUACGGCUACUCCUUCAUCCUGGCGUGGGUGGCCUUCGCCUUCACCUUCAUCAGCGGCCUCAUGUACCUGAUACUGAGGAAGCGCAAAUAGGCGUCAGGAGCUCGGCAGCUUUCACCCAGUACAGAAUCUACAUUCAGAUAACCGUUUUGUAUAUAAUCAGGUUUUUUUGUUUUGUUUUGUUGUGGUUUUUCUAGCAAACAUAUUGUUUCCUUUAAAAGCCAAAAAAAAGAGACGAGUUUUUGCAUUCUUGAGAUCAGAGAAUAGACUGUGAAGGCUGGAAUUCAGAACUCCUGCCUGUCUGCAAGUCUCAACAGGACAAAGCCAAAUGCCAGCAAUGCUCAAAUCCAAAAAUGUUCAGCAGGGUGUUUCUUAACCAUGGGGGUGUGAUGUGAUGACAAGAGACCGAGAGAGCCAGGUCUGGGGGGACAUCUCCCCUUAGGCUUGGGCCACACCAAGCCCCCCUCACCUCAGCUUUCCCAAAUCUCUCGGUGGUGGUGGUGGAAGGUGGGGCGAGGGGCGGCCAGGUGAGGGAGGAAACCUCAGGUGUUUAGCCAAGUUCCAUGUGAGAAAUAGGUAUGGACCCCGGUGUUCUGCCUAUAUCCAGACCAUAGCCCCUAACCGACUGUAAGGGGCUAGGUCCAGAAAGUGCCUCCCAAAUUUGCAGACAAUGUCACCUGCUUGCCUUAGGGAACGGGGUCAGAUGUGGGCUCACCCUGAAACAGAGACUUUCAUCUUAUGAUCCCUAGUACACCUUGUAAAAUGCAGACUGUUGGGUUCCCCACCCCCCACCUACAUAGUCUUCAGGGAUGGGGCCCAGGAGCCUGCAUUUCUAACAAGCUCCUCUCUGAUGCUUACAAUGCUAUGGGCCUUAAAGUUGAGGACCAGUCCCAGAGCCGGAGGAGCAGAACUGCCUCACAAAUGUUAAACAUCACAUCAUAUCAAGCUGGGGAGAUGGGUCUAGACCCCACUGCAGACCAAAGCCCUGGCCUCCAGCAGCUCUUUACUCUUCCCUGUCUUCCACAGCUGCUUUCACCUGGGCCACCCAAACUCCCAUCCCAGGCCGUGCAUCCCAAUAGUCAGCCCCCCGGGGGGCGCAGCCUCCUUAUAGCCCUAAGACCUCUCCCUUCUCUUCCUGACCUGCCUUCUAAGCUGGCUGGCCUCUACUAAUCCCAUUUCUAGAGCCUCAGAAGACCCAUCCCCCAUUCGUCCAUCCAUUCAUUCAUUCAUCAGUUUAAGGCUUGCAUGUGCCAGGCAUGGGGACACCAUGUCAAGAUAAUCCCUCCUUAUGGGGCUCAUCGUCUAAUGGAGGAGAUGGGUUAAAAACCAAUUAGGAAAACUAAUUAAAAACAGUGAUGAAGGCUGCAAAGACCACAACCCAGGAUUGAAAAGCAAGGCCGGUGGGGUGGGAGGGAACCUGCUGCAUGCCUGCCUAUCUUUAAAUGCUCCUGGAGGCAUGGAGAUCAGUCUAAAUAUCGCUCGCUCAGCUGUGCAGAUGGUAUUUAUUGGGCAGCAUCUAUUUAGCUCUGUGGAGCGUCCCAGGGUCCUGAUAGCCAGUGAGGCAGUGAGAGCAACCCAGAUUGCUCUGGGUCUCAGACUCUAGUGGGCACAAGAGCCACUCGGGGGAGCCUGCCUUGCUAAGGUCUGGGUGGGCGAGCGAGUGCUCCCGACAAUUCCCAGACAGCUUUGGGGAGUUUGUCUUUAGGUGUGAAAGCACUGUGAGGUGUGUGGCAAUGUGCUGAGCCUGGGAAGCACCCCACUGAAGAAGCCCUUUGCGCCUCACUCUUUCCUCUGGUGUUUUGAGGUAUGCCUGGGUCGGCGUGCCGCCUGUUUGCCACAUCAGCUCUGGUGCUACUUAAGUGCUUCUGCACCUGACCUGCUCAGAGGCACGGUGAUUUGCCAUCAGCCCAGUUCCAGUGGAGCUGGGGAGGCAUCUGUUUUGAGUAGUGUUAGGGCCCUGUGGACUCCUUUUCAGUGCAGGAUUGGGUUUUUCUGUUCAUUCAUUCAUUCAUUCAUUCAUUCAUUCAUUCAUUCGUUUUCAACAGAGUACUCCAUGCUCACUGUGUUCCAGGCACUCUGUGAGGCUCUGAAAACACAGGGGUGAGCAAAUCCAGACAUCCUACCUGAGACAGGACACUUUCCCCCCAGAGAGGCCACCAGCACAGUACAGGGUAACAUCGGGCCAGUGACAGGACAGAUGGCCACCUCCUGGGAAACUCAUUAGGCAUAUGGUGGGUCUGAGCGGGUCACACCCUUGGGGUUUGGAGGAUGCUAUAGAAGCCUCUGGAGGAAGGUGGGUCUAAAGGUGUCGUUUCCUGGUAGCCACAAUGGAAACCUCCAACCCUCUGGUAAGCCUCAUGCCCAGGCAAUGCAUGGAUUUCCUUCUCCAAAACUUCAGGGUUGCGUGAGAAUCUGAAAUGACCCCAUGGAUUUCCCUGGCUGGUUGCCACUACUGUAUAGCAUCCAGUAUCCACGUCCAUCGCGGUGCCAAGGUUUUGUGAAUCAUGAGAGCUGCCUCCCCCACACUGGGAAGUUGGGAAAGAGGUGAUGGCGUCAGGGAGAACAUACCCAAAUUUCUUACCUGUAGGCAGAAUCAGCCCUCUCACUCGGUGCUUAUUAUCAGUUAUUCAAUAACAACAAAGAACAGUAACCGAGGCAUCCAAGAAGCAAAUAUUAGGACCAAAUAUAUUACUGGUAACAACUGUAUUUGAAGGAACUUGUUUGCGCAUGUUAGGACAUUUUUUAUACAGUACUGUAAUUCUUUCACUGAGGGGCUGUGGAUGGAGACAGACUAACUCGUUUUGUUAUUUGCAUUAAAAUUACUUUGGGUCUCUGUCAAGUGAGUUUGGAAAACAGAUUUGUUGCUCUGAGUGAAUGUAUAUAUUUAUUCCUGAACACAGGAAAAUUGGAGACCUCCCCGCACUCCGCCAUACUCUGCGACAGGUUAUUUGCCUGUGCGCGUCCCUAACCAGCGGGCCGAGGUCCGGGGACUCUGCUCUAAUGGGUGCCGAGGACACCUGGCCCCCCCGCCUGUGUGCAAACACACUAAACAGUAGCUUAGAUAGAAGCGCAGCAUCACUUAAAGUCUGCCUGGGUGGGGAAUUACUAAACUCGCUACUAGUGGAAAGGCUACUUACGUUGCAGCACAUGGGACAGCUUUGUAUAUUGGGGGAGUGGCGGUGAUGAGGUGAUGCAGGGAAGGGCCUAGAGGUGAAUCUUGGUUUGUGGACAAAUGUGAUUUCAGGGUAGUUAGACACUUUCUACUUAAUGCGCCUUUAAAAUAGUGCAUUUCCUAUGUUUUGUAUAAUCUGAAACUGUACAUGAAAAAUAAACUUGAAAACCAAAUCGCCCAGAGCGACAGACUCUAA